AUAAACACAAAGUCACGACGGCGAGACAGCUGACUUUCACUAUCGCAAGGCUGUUCCCAUGAUAUCUUAGAGACGUUUAUUUCUCGCAGGGAACGAGCACGAAGCGAUCCGGGCCAAAGUCGUUUCGGCGAAGUAGCGCAUUGGUUAACGGUAGUGCCAUCUAACUGCGUCUACAAGUAGACUAGCAGAUAUAUCAUGCUUUUAAAUUUUGCCCUUGGUCUUCGCUGCAGCACGUGUAGGUUCAUCAGUUCAUCAGUUCAGCGACGUCAAGCUGAACCAUGGCAGAUAUGAUAUUCAAGUACCCAACUAUGAUUAGCUGUGGGGGCUAUUUCCAGAACUUGACCACCAAAAUCCUCGACGUGAGCCUCCACCAGUUCGGGCUGCAUAACUGACUUGUUUACCCUGUUACCCCUAUUAUAUAUAUCCACACAUAUAGAUCGCUCAAAUGAACGUCAAAAAGAACAUUAUCGCCCUUGUCACCGGCACCGUCGUCGGUGCGCUCGCUCGGCGACGAACCGCUAUCUGGCGUAUGCUUUACAGGAAGUUGCAGCUUCCUGUAAGCUCCAAGCAAGCGCCGACAAGGCAAAAAGCCGUCCUGCGAGUGCUUUAUCGUUGCCUUCCGACGCGACUGCGGAAUUUACGCGCAAUGAUCUGCAGCUGAUCACGGCCGACGCGACGCCUCACGCCGCCUCCACAAGCGGCGGUACCGCCAGCCCGAGCGCUGGCGAUAGAUGCCACAAGCGCCCGCAGCACCGUCAGCAGCAUCAGUGCCAUUGGCUCGGCCAGCUCGGCAACCCCUGCAGCCGCCAGCUCGCUGCAUGCUUCGGCUUCUGAGCACACACUGCCCAUGCAUACGAACCCGCUUCAGGUCGCCGCCGCGCUGGCCCCCAAGCUGGAGUCCAGCUCGGACCGCUCCGACGUAUGCACGGGCAGCGGCUCAUCCGCCGGCUCUGGCGACACUGCACUCGGUAGCGCCAGCGAUGGCGCCCUUUCCGCCGUCGUCCGUAAGGACAGCAGCAGCACCACCACUACCGACGCCAGCACCGACAGCGGUCAUGUUUGCCCUAACGCCUCCAAGGGGGCACGGUCACCAGGCACUGUAAAGCUAGAGGACGAGGCCUGCAUGGACGACCAGAAGGUCAAGGCCUUCAUCAAGCAGCACGGUCUUACGCUCUGCAUCCCCCAGCGCGAGCUGGGCAAGGGCGCAUUCGGCCACGUGGAAAUGGUGAUCAUCACCCUGCCUGACGGCACCACCGUCAAGGCCGCACGCAAGACCCUGCACGCGUGUGAGACCAAGGGCGCUGUGGCUGCACUACGCCGCAUACUGAACCAGGAGCUGGCAGGGCUGGCUGCUUCCGCGGGCUGCGAGCGCGCGGUGCAGUGCCUGGGCUACCGGCUGCCGACUGAUGACGACGAGCGGGCGGAGCUGCUGCUGAGCUGUGCGGAGGGCGGCUCCGUAGAGAACCUGCUGAACGCGGUGGCCAAGGACCAUUUUGAUCGCAUUGACAACGCGCCCGAGCGCCGGCGCACCGGCAAGAACAAGGACAAGUAUGAGAUGCUGCCGUACCCCGGCAACACGCUCAUGGAUGAGGCUGACCUGAAGGGCAUGCUGCGUGCCAUGGCGCCCUUCAUCGUGCGCGCAUAGGGUCUUGACUGCCAGGUUGAAGUCGCACACGCGGAAGACCUUGCUGCCAUCAGGCGCGAUGUCGUACAGCAGGUUGGCGGGCUUCAGGUCAAAGUGCAUGUAGCCGCGAGCGUUCAGGUGCUUUGAUGAAGAGCGCCAUGGCACGCAGCAUGCCCUUCAGGUCGGCCUCAUCCAUAAGCGUGUUGCCGGGGUACGGCAGCAUCUCAAACUUGUCCUUGUUCUUGCCGGUGCGCCGGCGCUCGGGCGCGUUGUCAAUGCGAUCAAAGUGCUCCUUGGCCAGCGCAUUCUGCAUGAACAAAGCAGAUGGGGACCAGUCUGUCAGGAGCUGAAAGAUUG